UUAGCACUGAACAUGAGCACCGUGCAGAGUUCAGUUCAGUCUUCGUAUGGACCUGAUUUAGCUGUGGACGGUAUCACAAUUCAGAGGGAAGGUAGCUGUGCUCAAACGAAGUAUGAUCAUGUAGUGUGGUGGAGAGUGGACUUAGGGGAGAUAAAAGCUAUCUACAACAUCAAAGUCUUCUAUAGGAAUGACAGUAAUAACAAUGAUUCUUUGCGUAUGUCUGAGCAUGCAGGGUUUUCUCUGUUCAUAUCAAAUACGACAAAACUUAAGGAUGGUUACCUAUGCUAUAAAAAUACGGACACAUUUCCACAUCUUCUUUCAAAACAUGUGUGUGUAGAACGGGGACGCUACGUCACGUACUAUAACGAACGCGGUAACGGAGUUAUCGUUCCUUUGGGAUCUCGGCGUAACACAACAAUUGCUGAACUUUGCGAGGUUCAGGUUUUCGGUACCAAUGUAGAAGAUUCAGCGGAUGAGAACAUUUGUCUCAAUUCCAUCGCAUUCUUUGCUAUUGCCGGAGUUUCUGGGUCUUUCCUUUUAAUCUCUUUUGGGUUGAAUAUGUUUUUGUGGAGGUAA